AUGCCAGCCCAGCCUUACACUAGCAUCAACCUCCUGAACGACCUAGUCGGCGGACUGUACGAGAAGACCCCUGACCUUGCAGAUGAGCUUCGCGAGCUUGUGCAAGACAUGAGCGAGCAGGGAGGCCAGGGACUUGUUCUGCCGAGACAUAUGCAUACUCGAAUUGUGACGGGGCCGGAUGAGCCCCCGGUGACUUUGAAGGAGUGGAUAGACGCCCAAUUCAGCUUCUCUAUUUCCGGGCGCACUCAUAGGGGGGAGAGGAACGGAAGCCGGUCUACUCGACAUGCCACUCCUGUAGCUCCCCAUACUCAUGCUGGUCGACAUGCAGCUCCUGUCCAUGGACAUACUCAUGCUCAUCCUCAUGUACAUACUCACGUACAUACUCAUGUACAUACCCAUGCUCCAGCUCAUCAUACUCACCAUGCACCGCUGCCUCACCGUACAGACAGACAUACAACCCCUGCUCAUGCUAUAGGAGGUCGGGAGAAUCACCAUGCAACCCCAAUUGCUCAUCGUGGAGGCCACCAUAGAAGCCGAUCAGCACGACAUGCAACCCCCGCUCCCCUAGGCUCUCCACUUUCAGCUGCUGCCGGACAGGGUCGCCCAGGAGGUUCUCGAAAUGAAGGAGUAUCUGAACAAGUGAUUAACCAGCUAACCCGUCCUAUUGUUACCCAAGGCAUGCUGGACUCCGAUGACAACACUUGUGUUAUUUGCCAGGAUGAUGUUAAGGUUGGAGAUGAGGUUAUGCUUCUGCCUUGCUCGCACCGGUCUUUCCAUGCAGACUGCCUUGUGCCUUGGCUUCGCCGUUCUAACACCUGCCCUACUUGUCGGGUUCCUGUUCAGUAG